UUAAAAAGCAAGAUCAAACACGAUUGAAAAAUAAAAAGAUAAGAAAAAAUAUUGAAAAUGGAAAAUAUAAUGGAUUUGGGAUUUUUUAGAAACUUUGGCCGACGGGAUUGGAUGAACCUCGGGUUGUGCUGGAGAAGACGAAAUGAUGUGGAAACCAACAUCGUUCGUGCAUUGCUUCCGCCAGAAGCAUCAUACGAUUACAAAGCAUCUUACCAGCGAGAGGUUUUGCUUCAAUUCCUCCCGCAAACAUUCGUCUUUCAAAAUCUUGGUCUUGUUUAUCUCCAGGCUGAAGGUCUUAUAAUGGGCAGGAGAAGAGCCAUUAGGGUUUUUCAUCCCCAAAGAAGAGUUAGUUUUUCGACAUUACAUUGUUGA